AUGCCUUUCAAACGAUUCAAAAACGAAAAGGAAAAGAAGCGGGCGCGACAGGCCUUGAUCCGCCAGAAGACAGCCCGACUCCAGUACACCAUGGACGCCAUCCACAGUUCGCCCUUUUUAAGCAUGGUCCCUCAAGUCGAGUGUAUCGAAUACCAAACUCCCUACGGAACUAUCGUCGACAUGAAGGAUUUCUCUAUUGAGCCUCAACAGCACCGUUUCAUGGCUACCACCAAUAAUGGAAUGUGGUGCAAGACCAGCUCGAUCGACGAUGUGAAUGAGAUGAUUCGACUAGUUCAGCGCGAGCAUGGGAACAUCGAAUUCUGCAUUCGCCUCGAUCGCUGCAAUAAGGCUAAGCUCAACAAGGCCAAGGACUAUGGGUGUCUGGCUAGACGAACUGUAAACCAGGAAUACUAA